AUGACCGAAGUUUUCCCCAUAUCUUGUCUAGCAUGCCGCAGACUUAAGGUCAAAUGUAAUAGAAUCAAGCCAUGUAACCAAUGUACGAGAAGAAAUCUCGUUUGCGAAUUUCCUUCAACCUAUAGAAAUGCUGCUAUAUAUACUGAGAGAACUAACGAAAGCUACCCGAUUAACACUCACCAAGACAACAGUAGGCGCUACUCGGAUGAUCCCAAUACUGGCGAAUCUCCAGAUGACAUGCUUGAUGAAUUGUUAAGUUUAAGGUCGCUCCACUCAAAAGUGUUAGAUGAAAAUGCUAGGUUAAGGAAAAGGAAUAAGGAGUUGAAUGAAUUGGCCUCAAAACUGAAACCCAAGACCGAAUCUGAUGAUAAACGAAAAGUAACAGGGAAGGGAAGCGGGAACGGAAGCGGAAACGCUGAUGGACAAGGCGAACCUUCGGGAAUAAGCAUCUCAGGUGAAACCUCAGAGUUGGGUGAAAAGUAUUAUGGUCCCCAAUCUUCUACGUACAUGAUUGAAGAGCUAAAGUCAAGUGAAAGUCUCAAACUCAAUGACGAUGGAGCACUUGUAGGCAACGAAAUUAAAGAUACUAACGAAAAGGUAGCUGAUAUUAUACGAAGAAAUAAGAACUCAAAUACCCCAACAGAUGAAAAACUGCAACACCAGAAACUUAAGAGCCUUGCCGCAGCUGGUAUUUCCGCCAAAAAUGCUGAGUUAAUAGAGAAGUCAUUGAGUAAAAAGGAUUUACCGAAGCUCAUAGGGUCAUCUCCAGAGAAAAAUCAUCAAGUUACCCUUGACCUAGUGAAUAUCUUUUUCGAGCAAAAUACGCAUUAUAGAUCGUUCAUAAGUAAGGCUAAAAUUAUUGACUUUCUUACUGAUUAUAAAGAUAUUAAGGACAAUGAAUGGGAGAGAGAUGACGAUCUAUUGUUAUUGUAUAUGGUAUUACUAUUGCUGGUACAAAGGUUAUCUCCAAAUCAGUACCAGGAACUAGGCUUGUUGGACGGCCGUAAAUUGAAUCAGUUUAAUAAAUCGAGAAGUCAUCUCUCCAAAAGUGUCCUCUAUUUCCAUUUUGAAAGAUUAAGACAUAACUUGAUAAAUGAGUCGAUUCUAACGAUUCAAUCGUACAUUUUAUGUACUGAAUGGUAUUUGAUUGAGCAACGAUAUGAAGAGAGUUGGUCUAUGAUGUUUCAUACUUGCUCUAUUGCUUAUGCUAUCGGAUUACAUGCAAUGAAGAAGGUCAGCUUUGGAAUUAUUGGAAAUCAGAUUCGCCAAGGCCCGAAUUCUACGAUUGAAAAUAACCAAGGAAAAGUCACUACAAGCGUGUCUACUACUGAGUCUACUGUAAUAAUGGCGAAGUCAUCUGCAGCUAACUCACUAACUAACCCGGACGUUCAACUGGAGGAUAUUGAUCGGUUUAAAGUUUGGUUUGCCUUGAAAAACAUUUGUGGGCAAAUAUGCUCCAUCUUAGGUAGACCGAACCCUAUCCUGAUUCAAGUGAAUUCAACGGUAGUUAAGGGCAUAUCUGAUACAGUAUUAUCUGAUGAAGAUAUUUCGGAAAGGAUUUCUCAUGUCUUGUUGAAAAUUGGCUUAAGUGAGUGUUUACGAUUGUCAAAUAUGAUGUUGAUUGAAAACUUCAUGCUUGAUUUUAGAAUGGAGGAUUUGAUCACCUUAAACAAUAAAUUUGAUGUGGAAAUAAGACUAUUGGAAUGGUAUCUUCUGAGCCCUUCUAUUGACGAAAAGGCUAAAUCUGAUGAUGAGUUUGAAUUUGAAUUUCCUCGCCAAGGUGACAGGGCAAAUGUUGUAACAGAUUUGAUUAUACUCUAUAUCAAUAGAGCUAAACUUUUUGAACCAUUUGUCAACAAAUUCACGAACCUUCUGGAAGCCAAGAUCAUUUCAAAUAUGUUAAGAUAUUCAAUCUUAAAUUUUUUGGAUUAUAUUCUUAUCUUUAUAACGAACUUCCGUAACAAUUUUACGAUCUUAAUUCAAGAAUCCAAAGCCAACUUUGCUAAUAAUGAUUUGAAGUUAGGCAAAUUGUUUAGGUUGUUUUAUCCAUUUUUGAAUUCAUUUGUUUAUCAAGGAAUCAUAGUAAUUUUCACCUUUUUGCAUUAUAAUUUUAAAGAUUUCAUAAACAACUUUGAUAUGAAAGCAGAUCCACUAUUGGUUGGAGAAACAGUGAAUUAUAAUGAGUUUUUAUACGCUGUUGAGAAAAAGUUAAGCGAUUUGGUAUCUUUCGGACAAGGCGAGGAAAAGGUAAAGCUAUGGUCUUCUAACACAGUGAAAUUGGUUUCCAAGAUCUUGGAACAUAUCAAGAUAAUCUUUGAAAAGCAAGCGCUCAAGGCCGAGAGGGAUAGAGAAAUGUUUGAAAAAGAACUUAAUGAAUUUCAUGAUGUAAUAUCAAAUACUGAUUUCCAGGGAUAUUUCGGGUUUAACAUUAAUGACCCGUUCUGGUUACGAAACCCUGAUAAUUUUCCAUAUUACUUGAGCAGUCCAAGUGACGAUGCAUCUUCUAGUGACACCCAGAGUCUGACUCAAACGCAGGCACAAAUAAAGACUGAGCCCGAAGCUAAUCAAAAUUAUUUGAAAAUACCAGUGCCCCAGCAGCCGCUGAACACAAGGCAAAGACUUGCUCGUAAUAAGUCACUGACGCUCACUAGUGAACUGAACGAAGGUGAAGCUGGUGCGUUCUCCAUGGGGACCCCAUCUGAAGGUGUGCCAUCUUCGCUUGCAUCUAGCCUGGGAGUAUCUAAUAUGAAUCCUCCUCAAACGUACUACAAUGACACAGACAUCUCCACUCCUCAACUUACAGAAGAUGCUAAAUCGCAGCAUAGAGGUAGUACCAGUUUGAUUCCUAUGUAUGACGACAUUCAUCGCGAUGUGGACCAAAGAUCAUUUCCUACGUCUCAGCCUUCAUUGCAGGGCCAGCAUUUUUCUUAUUCUCCAAUGAUGGUGAAUGGAACUCAACCAUUAAUUGAUAUGAAUGCAACACCUUCCCCACAGACCACACAUCAGCAGGUUCCUUUAACAAAUCUCCCACAAUACCAAAACCAGCAUCAACAUCAACAUCAACAUCCACACCACCAUCACCACCACCAUCACCCACAACAACUUCAGCAUCAACAACAACAACAGGAACUCCAACAGAAUCAACCACAACACUUUCCAAGAAAUAACCAUAAUCAGCAUCUCCCUCAAACUUUUGCACAACACCAGAUGGGUCUUUCCCAAUUUUCUGACACUAAUGACCCUCAGAUCUUCUCUCCUGACCAGUACCUACAACAACAAUAUUUCCAACAAGGUUCUGGCCAAUUUUUAGAUCAGAAAGGUGAUGUGACCAAUACGGAUCAGAGCCAUAAUUCUGAUAACAAAGAAACAAACUUAAAGAGACGCAGAGGUACCUAA